AUGCUGGCCGGGCAAGCACUUGCAUUCCUGGGCCUGACCUGGGGCACUUUCCAGAGCCUGGCCAUCCCCCCGAUUACAGAAUGUGGCCUCUCCUGUUCUCAGGGCUUUACCUGCAGGAGCCACAGGAACCGGAACAUUUUUAACAGCUUCUGCCGGCCAUGCCCUGUGUCCAUGUCCAGGUCAGUCCUGGAGGCCCUGAUGUCCUACACUGCCAUGCAGUGUGUCCCCUCUGAUGGCUGCUCGAUGUUCCUGUGUGUACGUGCCUCCAUCACCCUGCAUGAGCGCCUGCGGGGUCUGGAGGCCUGCACCAUGAGCCUGGACACCCAGGAGAUGCAGUGUCAGAGCGUGUGGGUGGCCAGGGCCUCCCACCGGCAGCAGGUGGGGCAGCAGCUCCAGGUGUACUUUGGCUGCUUUGCGGUGAGCGUGGCCCAGCACCUCUAUGUCACCCUAAGGACCAUCCCUCAUUUCUGUGGGGUCCAGCUGGACCAGAAGCACCUCGUGGAAGACUGCGGAGAGGAGGAUGUGGGGAGGAGCGUGCACGACUGCCUCGCCGGGAAGCUCAGCUACUGGGUGGACCGGAGGCGCAAGGCGAUUCUGGUGCAGGUGCCCAGGGCCUCUGGGAGCCCCGACUACUACGUGCGGUUCUGCCACAAGCGGUUCACCUGCGAGGACGUGGGCGCCCUGGUGCAAGUGACUGCCGACAACGUCUCCCGGGCCGUCUCCCUGCCCUACAGCCAGGAGCUGCCGUGCCUGUGCCUGGAGGGCUGGUCUGCGACCCCUGAUGCAGUGCGGAUCCAGAUCUGCCCCUUUGAAAACGACACUGAGGCACUGGAGGUGCUGUGGGACACGGUCUACUACCACCCAGGGAGCCCGACACUGAGCUGGGAGCCCACCUGCCCUGUGAGUGGCCAUGUGAGCCUGUGCUGGCGCCCGGGGCCCGGGGCCGGCUGUCAUAAGCUGCAGCAAUCCAGCCAGCUGGUGCAUCGCAGAGUGCAGUACCCGCUGGUGGAUACCCAACCCCAGCUCUGCCUGAAGUUCUCCACCAGCUGGGGGUCCUGGGUGCGGUGCCCUUUUGAACAGCGUCGCUUCCCAACCUGGAAAAUGACCAUCCAGCCUUCGCCCAUGAAGGGCCAACUCCGGGUCACCUUCUUCUCGUCCAGCCCCGCCCACUUCCAGGUGCACCUGUGUCACAGGAGGAAGUCACAGCUCCCUGCCUGCCAACCCUCACUCCAGGCCAGCCCGCUCCCUCCAGCCUCAGGUGACCCCACAGCUGCCCCUGCCUUUGCCUUCCUGGACCUUCCCAGGGAGGAGGCCUGUGCCCCAGGCAUCUGCAUCCAGGGCUGGAGGACCGAUGUACACUUCUCCGUCCCCCAGCAGCUCUGCAACCUCCGCUCCAGCGGGUGCCCAGCUCUCAGGGGCCACAGGAGUCUGAGGACUAGACCCAGGCACUCCCGGCCUCCCACAGUGGGCUGGGUAUGGCGUGCACUGAAUAGAAGACUGGGUGGGGGAGACGGGGAGACCACCCAGCCCUGA